GACGUCACCGCCAGGAAAGUACACAACAUUACUGAGCUGCUGCUGCUGCUGCAUUGAGGGACAACCGACAAGACAAUCACAGUCUCCCUGCGGAAACCUUUCAUGACAUUCACAUAAGGAAUACAACCUGCCCUAUCAUGGAGAAGCCUCCUUUCAGACAGAACCAGAGCUGCGGCGCCUGGGAGUUGAAAGAGAGACUGGGCAUGGGUGGCUUUGCACAUGUUUAUCUCUACCAACACCAUGAAACAAAUGAGAAACUAGCUGUGAAAAUGUGCCGCCUGGAGUUGACGGCAAGAAACAAGGACAGAUGGAGCAGAGAGAUUCAAAUCAUGAAAAAGUUAAAUAAUAUCAAUGUGGUGACAGCUAGAGAGGUGCCCGAAGAGAUGAAUCACAUAGCCUUAAACGAUCUUCCGCUGCUGGCCAUGGAGUACUGCUCCAGGGGAGAUCUGAGAAAGUUGCUGAGCAAACCGGAAAACUGUUGUGGGUUGAAGGAAAGCGAGGUGCUCUCACUACUCAACGAUGUCGGCUCAGGCAUCCAGUAUCUGCACGAGAACAAGAUCAUACACAGAGACCUUAAGCCUGAAAACAUAGUCUUACAAGAUGUCAGCGGCAAGCUUGUUCACAAAAUUAUUGACCUUGGCUACGCUAAGGACUUGGACCAAGGCAGUCUCUGCACUUCUUUCGUUGGAACUCUCCAGUACCUGGCCCCAGAGCUGUUUGAGACGAAGCCGUACACCGUCACCGUGGACUACUGGAGCUUCGGCACCAUGGUGUUUGAGUGCAGCUGCGGCUUCCGGCCGUUCCUACACAAUCUGCAGCCCGUCCAGUGGGCCACCAAAGUACGGAACAAGGGACCAAAAGACAUCAUGGCUGUUGAGGAGCUGACCGGAGAAGUUAGAUUCUCUACACAUCUGCCCUAUCCUAACAACCUCAGCAGCACACUGCUGGAGCCCAUGGAGGGCCUCCUGCAGCUCAUGCUGAAGUGGGAUCCAGUCCAGAGGGGCGGGAGGAUGGGCGCGGACAGCAAGAAGCCCCAGUGUUUCGAGGUGUUGGAGCAGAUCUUGAACAUGAAGGUGGUCCACAUCCUCAACAUGACCACGGCCCAGGUCCACUCCCUGGAGCUGGCCCCGGAGGAGAGCCUGCACAGCCUGCAGCGGCGCAUCGAGGCCGAGACCAAGAUCGAGGUGGUGAACCAGGAGCUGCUGCAGGAGACGGGCGUGUCGCUUGACCCCCGCAAGCCCGCCGCACAGUGUGUGCUCGACGGAGUGAGGGGUUGGGACAGCUACAUCGUGUACCUGUUUGACAAGAGCCUCACCAAGUACUCCGGCCCCCUCAGUGCCCGGCCACUACCAGACAAGGUCAACUCCAUCGUGCAAGAGGCGAAGACCCAGCUGCCUCUGGGGGUGCUGAAGAAGGUGUGGGGGGAGGCGGUAAGCUACAUCUGUGGGCUGAAGGACGACUACAGCAGGCUAUUCCAGGGCCAGAGGGCUGCCAUGCUGAGUCUGCUGCGCUACAACACCAACCUGACCCGCUACAAGAACAGCAUGUUCGGCUUCUCCCAGCAGCUGAAGGCCAAGCUGGACUUCUUCAAGAGCAGCAUCCAGUACGACUUGGAGAAGUACAGCGACCAGAUGCACUACGGCAUAUCCUCUGAGAAGAUGCUGAAGGCCUGGCAGGAGAAUGAGGAGCGAGCCGCAGCCUUUGCUCAGGUGGCAGAGGUGGGCCAUUUGGACGAGGAAAUCAUGGCUCUCCACUCUGAGAUCGUGGAGCUACAGAGGAGCCCAUACGCCCGUCGCCAAGGAGACAAGAUGGAGCAGCUAGAAGAAAAGGCCAUUGAACUCUACAAGCAAAUGAAAAUCAAGUGUAAAACCCCCGAGUCUGAGGUGUGCAGCGACAGCUCUGAGAUGGUCAAAGCCAUCAUUCAGACGGUCCAGAACCAGGACAAGGUCCUCAAAGACCUGUACACCCACCUCAGCAAGAUCCUGCUGAGCAAGCAGAAGAUCAUAGACCUGUUCCCGCGCAUCGAGAAGACCCUGGAGAGCAUCAAGGAAGCAGACAACACGGUGAUGCUGAUGCAGAUCAAGAGGCAGAAGGAGUUCUGGCACCUGCUGAAGAUCGCCUGCUCUGAUUCCCUCCGCCAGGCUCAGAACUCGUCGCGGAACUCCAUAGCGGCCAGUCCGGAAACCUCCAACCCACUGCAGGCCUCCCAGUGGUCCCAGUCCGCUCAGCCCAUCAGCUCCCCGCACCCGCUCACCUCCCUGCCCGGGCCCAACGACAGUGACGCGGCCCCCCGGCUGCUGCAGGAGAACCAGAGGUACCUCAGUCAGCUGACCAGCCUGAUGCAGGACGCGGCUGACGAGCAGGCCAAGAGCAUAGUGGUGGGUGGUUGUUCUCUCCCUCGCCCUUCUGCCGCCCCGCCUCCACACGAUCAAGACUGGAGCUGGACCAAAUACGAGAAUACUUUAUCAACAAAGCUGAAGAAAAGGAACGCAUAGGAGCCGCAGGCGGCCGCCCAGGGCUGCCCUUCCCCAGCCCCGCCCCCAGCCGGAAGCCCCGCCCCAGCCCCGCCCCUAGCUGGCUGCUGCCCCGCCCCCAGCCCCGCCCUCCGCCCCUGCGCUCCCAGUAACACUAUGGACUCGAUGCCUUUUCCACAACCUUUGUAGUGAACCUUUGUAGCGUCCCCCCCCUUGGGAUGCACACCUCAACAUGGGUUGUUGUUCAGCUACCUGCGCCUGCGGUACGAUGAUCCACGUCCCUUCUCCAUGACCUCCCCACCACCCAUCCACCCUCAUCGUCUCAUCCUAUGGGUCGACCGUCUGGUCAAGCGAAUACGAUCGGGUUUUUUUUAUACAGGAACCAACGAAAAGAGAAGGUUUAACGCUGUGCAUUUAUCGGUUCAGAAGAGAUUUUCGGAGCGUUCAUCUGACUCCUCUUUAAGUUGCCUGGACGAUGUGUUGGUGAUAAUAGUUAGCUACUGAUGCUGUUAAUGUUACAUUCUACUGGUUCAGAACUGAGCAAACUGUAGUAGCGGACUGAGGGUGGUGGUGGGAGUGGUGGUGAGAAGUGUGUGGGGGGCGGGCAGAGGGUGUUCGAUGAGGCCAUCCACACGGCUGCGACACACAAGGGGCAACACAGGAAGCGUCUAUUUCCUUUUUGUUUUGAGGGGAGGGGGGGAAGGGGAGGGGCGAGGCGAGAGGGGAAAUUUCAAUCUGCACUUUGACACGCCCAAUGCGUUCCCCAUCCCUGUGAAGAGACACGCAAGGCUGCUGCCCACCACAUCCGGUUGCUAGGCCAACCAAGCAGCCUUUUGGGGCUUCAGCCAACGAUCGCCCACAUACGAGACGGAACACUGUUCGCACCCAUGUCCCAAGUUAAUAUAUUUUUUACGAUACUAUUCAUUCUAAGUGUUAAAGAUGAUAUGUCUGUGUUCUUGUUUUGUUUUUUGCUAACUAUUCUAAUGGUCAUCGUGACUAUAUCUGCUGAGGGAGGGAGAGGGGGUGCGUGGCCCUUUUGUGUGUUUAUACAAUGUCUAUACUGUACAUUUGUCUCUUCUGGAGUCGCACUGUCACACGCUCGGUUCUGUUGCACAUUCCCCCCAUGUCACUGGAGGACGGCGUCCAUGUAGAAGGUUUGCCACGGCCCGGGUUCACCCUCAACGCACAAUGAUCGGCUCUGUGUGUUCAUCUCCCAUUGAGAAUAAAGGGAUCUGGAAACAGACCCACUUGAUUGCGGAGCGCCCCCGGGAAUGACAGGAAUUGUUCGACCGGUCAUACGUGAUCACGCCGUGGCAACGCUUUUUUCCGAGGUGUAUUUAUGAAGUUAGGGUGCGAUAGAGAGAAGAAGAAAAAAUAUUUUUGUAUUUAAGUAACAUGGUUUUUUCUUCUACAUUCAAAUGUUAAUAUCCGUGUGGUCAAACACGUCAGGCGAUGAGUGUUUGUUUCAUUUCUAAGAUUCUCAUUGUCAAUCACAUUGCCUGGUAUUACAAUAAAAAAAGACUUUGGCAUGAUC